ACAACCCUUAUCUCCCUAACCCUCCCAAUUUUUGCCACCCUCAUCAACCCUUACAAAAAACGUCCAUACCCAGAUUACGUAAAAACAACCGUAAUAUAUGCUUUCACCAUCAGCCUCCCCUCAACAACCUUAUUCAUCUUCUCGAACCAAGAAACAACCAUUUGGAGCUGACAUUGAAUAAUAGCCCAAACAUUAGACCUAACACUAAGCUUCAAACUAGAUUACUUCUCCAUGAUAUUUAUUCCAAUCGCACUAUUCAUCACCUGGUCCAUCAUAGAAUUCUCGCUAUGAUACAUAAACUCAGACCCAAACAUCAACCAAUUCUUCAAAUAUCUUCUUAUUUUCCUCACUGCCAUACUAAUUCUAGUCACUGCUAACAACCUCUUCCAAUUCCUUAUCGGCUGAGAGGGCGUAGGAAUCAUAUCUUUUCUCCUAAUUAGCUGAUGAUACGCUCGAACAGACGCCAACACAGCAGCCAUCCAAGCAAUCUUAUAUAAUCGCAUUGGCGACAUUGGUCUUAUCCUAGCCAUAGCAUGAUUUCUCCUACAUUACAACUCAUGAGACCUCCAACAAAUACUAGCCCUAAAUUUCAACUCAAGCUCCCUCCCACUAAUAGGCCUCCUCCUAGCAGCAGCAGGAAAAUCAGCUCAAUUCGGUCUUCACCCCUGACUACCCUCUGCCAUAGAAGGCCCAACUCCAGUCUCAGCCCUACUUCACUCCAGUACCAUAGUCAUUGCCGGAGUGUUCUUACUCAUCCGCUUCCACCCUCUAAUAGAAACCAACACAAUAAUUCAAAAUCUUACAUUAUGCCUGGGGGCUAUUACUACCCUAUUUACAGCCAUCUGCGCCCUUACACAAAACGACAUUAAAAAGAUUGUAGCCUUCUCCACCUCAAGCCAACUAGGCCUAAUAAUAAUCACCAUCGGCAUCAACCAACCAUACUUAGCAUUCCUACACAUCUGCACCCAUGCUUUCUUUAAAGCCAUACUUUUUAUAUGCUCCGGAUCCAUUAUCCAUAACCUAAACAACGAACAAGACAUUCGAAAAAUAGGAGGCCUAUUCAAAACAAUACCCCUCACCUCAACUUCCAUAAUCAUUGGCAACCUAGCACUCACAGGAAUACCCUUCCUCACAGGCUUCUACUCCAAAGACCUUAUUAUCGAAGCCACAAACACGUCGUACACCAACGCCUGAGCCCUAUUCAUCACUCUCAUCACUACCUCUCUAACAAGCGCCUAUAGCACUCGAACUAUCCUUCUCACCCUAACAGGACAACCCCGUUUUCCAGCCCUAACAAACAUCAACGAAAACAACCCCGCUCUACUAAACCCAAUUAAACGCCUCACAAUGGGCAGCAUAAUCACAGGAUUUCUUAUCACCAACAACAUCCCCCCCACCUUACUCCCCCAACCAACAAUACCCCUCUACUUAAAACUCUCAGCUCUAUGCGCAACUGUCCUAGGCUUCCUAGCAGCCCUAGACCUCACCCUUAUAACAAACAAACUGAAAAUAAAAAACCCAUCACAAAUAUUCAAAUUCUCCAAUAUACUAGGAUAUUUUCCCACCACAAUUCACCGCACAAUCCCCUAUCAAAACCUACUCAUAAGCCAAAAUUUAGCCCUUCUCCUAUUGGAUUCAGCAUGACUAGAGAAAUCUAUACCUAAAAUAAUCUCACAAGCACACAUUACUGCCUCCAUAACUGUAACCACCCAAAAAGGCAUAAUCAAACUCUACUCCCUUUCUUUCCUCAUCCCCCUUACCCUAGCCCUAAUUCUAAUGAUAUAACCUAUUACCCCGAACAAUCUCAAUCACAACAUACACACCAACAAAUAAUGUCCAACCAGCAACUACCACUAAUCAACGCCCAUAAUCAUAUAAGGCACCCGCACCAAUAGAAUCACCUCGAAUCAAUCCUGACCCCUCCCCCUCAAAAAUCACCCAAUCACCAGUAUCACUAAAACUAACCACCACUUCUACCGCCUCAUCCAAACUUAAAACCCAUAAAACUAAUACCACCUCCAUUAUCAACCCUACUAAAAGACCCCCUAAAACCUCAAACCCCGAACCCCAUGUCUCAGGAUACUCUUCAAUAGCCAUUGCAGUAGUAUAACCAAAAACAACCAUCAUACCCCCCAGAUAAACUAAAAACAUCAUCAAACCCAUAUAAGCCCCCCCACAACUUAAAACAAUCACACAACCAAUCACACCACUAACAAUUAACGCCAGACCCCCAUAAAUAGGAGAAGGCUUAGAAGAAAACCCCACAAACCCCAUAACUAAUAAAACACUCAAUGCAAACAAAAUAUACGUCAUUGCUUUCACAUGGACUCCAACCAUGACUAAUGGUACGAAAAACCAUCGUUGUAUUUCAACUAUAAAAGCACCAAUGACUCCAAUACGCAAAUCCAACCCAAUCCUAAAAAUAAUUAAUCGCUCCCUCAUCGAUUUACCCGCCCCACCCAACCUCUCCAUAUGGUGAAACUUUGGCUCACUUCUUGCAGCCUGCCUAAUUUUACAAAUCAUCACAGGCCUACUCCUAGCAAUACACUACUCACCAGACACCUCCUCCGCCUUCUCCUCAAUUGCACAUAUCACCCGAGAUGUAAAGUACGGCUGAAUCACUCGCUACCUCCACGCCAAUGGUGCCUCUAUACUCUUCAUUUGCCUUUUCCUACACAUCGGUCGGGGCCUUUACUACGGCUCAUACCUCCUCCUAGAAACCUGAAACAUUGGUAUUAUACUCCUUCUUAUAACUAUAACAACGGCUUUCAUGGGUUAUGUUCUCCCAUGAGGCCAAAUAUCAUUCUGGGGAGCAACAGUAAUCACAAACCUGCUAUCAGCAAUCCCGUAUAUCGGAACCAAUCUCGUCCAAUGAAUCUGAGGAGGAUACGCCAUCGACAGCCCUACUCUCACACGAUUCUUCACCUUACACUUUAUCCUACCCUUCAUCAUCAUCGCCCUCACAACCGUGCACCUACUAUUCCUGCACGAAACAGGAUCAAACAACCCUUGCGGAAUCUCCUCCGACUCAGACAAAAUCGCCUUCCACCCCUACUACACAACCAAAGACAUCCUGGGCCUAGUCCUCCUUCUCUUCAUCCUAGCAACACUAACACUACUCUCACCCAACCUCCUAAACGACCCAGACAACUACAUUCCAGCCGACCCAUUAAACACUCCCCCACAUAUCAAACCAGAGUGAUACUUCCUAUUUGCAUACACAAUCCUACGAUCCAUCCCCAACAAACUGGGAGGCGUACUAGCACUCUUUCUAUCGAUCCUCAUUCUAGCAGCCAUCCCUAUACUUCACAAAUCCAAACAACAAAGCAUAAUAUUCCGCCCACUCAGCCAAUUUCUAUUCUGACUCCUAAUCACAAUCCUAUUGACCCUUACCUGAAUUGGAAGCGAACCAGUAGUCCAACCCCUUACCACUAUCGGCCAAGUAGCAUCCAUAAUAUACUUCAUCACAAUUCUAAUCCUAAUACCACUGGCCUCCCUAAUCGAAAACAACCUACUCAAGUGAACUUGCCCUCGUAGUAUAAAUUAGUACACUGGCCUUGUAAACCAGAAAUGAACACUCUUCCUAGGGCAGUCAGAAAGAAAGUACCUAACUCCACCACCAACACCCAAAGCUGGCAUUCUAAUUUAAACUACUUUCUGCAUUCUUAUAUUGCAUAAGCUUCAUAAAUAACUCUAGCACCAAUCCACCCAUAAUACUACUAUGUAAUUCGUGCAUUACUGCUAGCCAACAUGUAUAAUAUAUAGUACUAUAUAUGCUUAACUGUACAUAACACAUAUUAUUACAUACCAACUUGACAUUCCAAACAGCAUGCUUACAAGCAAGUAUCCUAAUACAAACCUCAACAGUAACACAUAACAUGGUUCCCUCGGACUUAACUUGUCCCCCCUCAUGAAUAUCAACUAAACCAGUCCUUGCCAGUCGUCCAUAGUACAUUAAAUCGUUCAUCGGACAUAGCACAUAUCUAUUAAAUAACCCUCCUCACCACGGAUGCUCCCCUUCACUUAGGAAUCCCUUACUCACCAUCCUCCGUGAAAUCAAUAUCCCGCACAAGAGUGCUACUCUCCUCGCUCCGGGCCCAUAACUCGUGGGGGUAGCUAUACCUGAACUGUAUCCGGCAUCUGGUUCUUACCUCAGGGCCAUAACAAUCAAGAUCGCCCACACGUUCCCCUUAAAUAAGACAUCUCGAUGGAUCACGGGUCUAUCACCCUAUUAACCAGUCACGGGAGAUUUCCAUGCAUUUGGUAUCUUUUAUCUCUGGUCUGCACGCAACCCCAUUGCAGAAUGCUGACUCCCACCACAUCCCGUCCUGUAUGCGCCUGUCUUUGAUUCCUAGUACAUGCAGUUGUUGAUCGCACCUACGUUCAAUAUUCUAGCUCCACACAAACCUUAGCAAGGUGUUAUUUAAU